UCGUGUGCCGCCGCUCGCCGAGCAUCGGCCGAGAAAUAUCUCGCAUUCUUCGGAGAACCUGCAAAGGAGGAGAAGGGGAGUUCUAGGCCUAAUAACCUGUCGCUUCAGAAGUGGUCCGUGCUCUUGAUGUUGACAUUUUUGCGGUGUCCGGCGAAACAUCGCGCCCCGAGGCUUGGAUACAGCUUGUUUUUUCGCGUUUCGAAUGAAAAACGGGCCUUCCACAACGUGAUGAGUAUGUUGAGGAGCCCAAGCCAUGAACGAACCAUUGCUGCAAUGGGCAGCCAUGGCAAAGCACAGUUCUCCUCUAGUCUGCGGGUUCCUGGAGCAUCCUGGGGACCCCUCUGCAGCAGCUGUCGGGGCAGCUGAGUCAUGGAGUGUGUGGCCGGAGGGUCAGGCCUUGGCGGUGCCCUCCCCAAGGUUCGCAGCAGCUCGCCUGGCGACUUGGGCUACCACACACUGCUGCCCGCACCGGGAUGGCCAACCACGGCCACAAGCAGUGGCCACCACCAGCGACCAUCGGCAAAAAGCUGCCUCUUUGACCGACUGCCGGACGACCUACUGCUUCGUGUUCUCGCCUGCCUCUCGAGCGACGAGCUGUGUCGGUGUGCGCGUGUCUGUCGUCGGUGGUACUUCCUUGCCUGGGAGCCUCGCUUGUGGACCAGCAUCGUGCUGGCAUCUGAACACCUGCCCGUCGACCAAGGGUUGCGCACCAUUUUUCGGUUGCUGAGCCGGGACACACCUGGUGUAUGCUCUGCUGUGGAGCGCAUCGGCCUGAGUGGUUGCCUGUGCCUGACCGACAGUGGCCUCGGUGCAGUGGCUCGGAGGUGUCCCCAGCUGCGGACGCUGGAAGUGCGCGGAUGUUCCCAAGUCACAGAUGUGGGUGUUUCGGAAGUGGUCACACGCUGCCUCAACUUGUCACGCCUCGAUGUCACUGGCUGUUACCAGGUGACGAGUAUACGUCCGAGGCAUGGGGCCAACUUGGAGGUGAACGAGUCGCUGGGUAGCCUGACUCCAUCAGGCGGAGGGCAACUGUAUCUGCAGUACGUCGACCUCACCGACUGUCAAGCCCUGGAGGACUCCGGGCUGAAAGCCCUGGCCAGAGCAUGCCCACAGCUCACGCAUCUCUUCCUGCGGCGCUGCGUGCGGCUCACCGAUGCCGCACUGAAGUGUGUGGCCAGCUACUGUGUUGUGCUGAGGGAGCUUAGCAUCAGCGACUGUGUCCAGGUGACCGACUUUGGAUUGUACGAGCUUGCCAAGUUGGGCCCUCACUUACGUUACCUGAGCGUAGCCAAGUGUGAGAGGGUGUCGGAUGCUGGACUGAAGCAGGUGUGCCGACACUGCUAUCGGUUGCGCUACCUCAAUGCUCGAGGCUGCGAGGCAGUCUCAGAUGCAACUCUGGAAGUGCUGGCUCGCUCGUGUCCGAGGCUCCGGGCACUUGACGUUGGGAAAUGCGAGGUCGGCGACCGGGGCCUGGCAUUCCUUGCCCGCCACUGCCUGAACUUGCGCAAGCUGAGCCUCAAGUCAUGUGACCUGGUCACGGACCGAGGACUGCAGGCCUUGGCCUACUUCUGUCGGGGCCUGCAGCAGCUCAGCCUGCAGGACUGUGCGGGGGUGACUGUGGACGGCUACCGCAUUGUGCGCAAGUACUGCCGCCGCUGCAUCAUCGAGCACACCAACCCGGGCUUUCACUGAAACAGUGCUUCUCAGCCGUGUAGCGAGAAUGGACAGGAGGAGGGGAGUUCGAAACUGCGCGAGCGUAAGACAGUCGUUCCGAGUCUGUGCUAAUCAUGACUACCGGUUUUCUGAUGCUCGUCCCGUCUUUCGCUGUAUAGGCUUCAAGAUUGCAAGUGUAGUGGCAAUGUCACUGGGAACGUUGGAAACUGAUCGAACAGAUGUAUUCUAGCGAACGAGCCAUGACAACUCACUGAGUGAGUUCGAAUGAGCGGUAUGACAAAGCAAAAAAGCGCUCAUUACGGUUGAACUAAAAAAAUGUUAAGUUUAAAGAUGGUUUAACACCUCAGACAUCUUACUCUUCUGACCAAAAGUGUCCUUACCACGAAAUCAACGAAAAUUGAAUUUUUAAGAAUAGUUUGCGACACUAAACUUAUUCAUUGUUUAUCUUCAGUGCCUAAAACAUGACCCCCUGUUUGAUAUGCAUGUUUGGGCCCACAGGGAACCUCUCUUCCUGUCCAUUCUAUGUGCCCUUGACCAAUGGCUAUUGCUGAUUUGUGCCCGGACACUCGUCAAAGGGCUUGCGCGAACUGUGUCUAAGGCCUAACCCUGCAUGGGGCAUUUACUGCACAUGAAAUUGUACUGCCCGCGCUUUGGAUCACUGAGGUCACCACUGAGCAUUAAAGUCAUCUGGACGAAAAGGAAAGCACUGUAGGGAUCAAAGCAACUUGUGAUAUCAAAAGCACUAUUUGUGGUUAGUGUUCAGGUUUUGGCUAAAGGGACACUGUAACACUUCUUAGAAAACAACAAAACAAGAGAAAAAAAAGUGCAAUCUGUAGACAAUGCUGCCGAUAACAUACAAGCUAAGUAUUACCUAGUUCUUACCUCUGGAUUCCGAGGUCCUCUCUCUUUUUCACCUGUAAAUCAUGGCAUCAUCA